GGGACAGCAGAAGGGUGUUAGGAAGGAGUUAGGGACACAAAACGUGGUUUGGGGACAGCAGAAAGAUGUUAGGAAGGGACUGGGGACAGAAGGCAUGGGUUGGGGACAUGAGUUGGGGACACUGGAAGGAGAUUGGGAAGGGGUUGGGGACACGAGACAUGGGUUGGGGCCACCAGCAAGACGUUGGGAGGGAGUUGGAGACAAAGACGUGGGUUGGGGACAGCAGAAGGGUGUUAGGAAGGAGUUGGGGACCCAAAAAGUGGAUUGGGGACACGAAACGUGGGUUGGGGACACCUUGGGGACUCGUCACCCCCAGGCACGGUGACGAAAUCCUACGCCAGCUGCGCACCCUGGGGGCCUCACUGGACUGGAGCCGCUGCGCCUUCACCAUGGACCCCGGCUUCUCCAGGGCGGUGACGGAGGCGUUUGUGCGGCUGCACCGCGCUGGGUUGGUGCGACGCGAUCGGCGUUUGGUCAACUGGUCGUGUGCCCUGCGCUCUGCUGUGGCUGAUGUGGAGGUGGAACCACGACCCCUGGCUGGCCCCACGGAGCUGCGUGUCCCUGGCUGUCCCCAUGCUGUCACCUUCGGUGUCCUCGUCACUUUCACCUACCCUGUGGAGGGGGAUGAUGGUGAGAGGUGUCCCCAUUUGUGUCCCCAGCUCUUGAGGUGUCCCCUUUGGUGUCCCCAUCUCUUGAGAUGUCCUCUUUGGUGUCCCCUGCUGUCCUACGUGCACCCACCUCCUCAUACACAUCCCCACUGUGUCCUCAAUGUGUCCCUUUGUGGUCCUUUCGUGUCCCUAUUUGUGUCCUUUGGUGUCCCCACCUCUUGAGGUGUCCAACCAGGGGUCCUUUGCUGUCCCCUGUGGUGUCC